UCACCCUCUCCAGUGAUUGUGGUCAAACCAACUAGUCUUCCUUAAUGACAAAAUAUAAACCCCGUGCUAAAAUUUUGGCUACAUUUUACGAUGGCCUUUAUCGGGGCAAGUAACAUUAGGACACGUGAGAGAGAUGCACUUUAGUCAUGUAAUUGAUCCUAAAAAUCAAUACAUUAUCGAAAUAUUGCUGAACAGCAGGGUACACCUUGAGAACGUGACAUCCACGUUUUCCAGUGCUCCAAACGUCACUUUGAUUGUGUUAUCUUUAAGAGGCCUCUUCUGUGUGACGAUUUAUCACAUUUUGUGAUUGUUCACGUGUGCCAACUCUAGAUAUAAUCAAAUUUCCGACUGUCCCUGAAGACAACGUACUUCUAUUAGAACCUUGUCGCCGCUACAACUUUCUUUCCGAGGUUGAACUCGUCACUGACGACUGCCAAGAGACACGGUCCGGAGAAAAAACAAAAGGCGACAUUAAAAACCAAAAGAAACAGCCAUGAAGUUGUCUAUAAUUCGCAGUGCUUGUGGCAGUCUCCGGAUACAUCCAGGAAGCAGGGUCAGCAGCUUGUCGCUGAGAUGCUUAACGGUUCGUCCUGCCAACAGCCGGUUGAUGCUCCGCCGGGCAGCGAGCAGCUCAACCAGCGGCGGUACCAACCCGAAACUAGCCGUCCAAUUUGGGAAAAGGUCCCGGAAGGAAGACGGCUUUGAGUGCGACAGUUCUUUGAGGGAGGUGAUUCAGAGCACCAAGGAGGCAAUGUUGGCUCUACAGAGAAGAAAUCCAUCAAUUCAACCUUUGUUAGCCAUCAUACAGGCAGGUGAAGAUGACAGGGUGUUGGAGAUCAACAAGAAAAUAGCAGAAAAGAUUGGGUUGAACAUCACUCAGAUUUGCCUGGCAAAGGAGUGUAGUGAAGAUGAAAUUGUAGAGGAGGUGUUGAAGCUGAAUGAGGACCCCAGGGUGCACGGUGUCUACCUCCACCUUCCCCCGGCUUCACUCACCAGUCGAGUGCUCAACACUCUCAAACCUGAGAAGGACAUAGAUGGGAUAUCAGAUUUGAAUAUGGGCCGUUUGGUACGAGGAGACUUGAGCAAAGGCUUUGUGUCACCCUUAGCCAGCGCUGUCCUGGAUCUGCUGGAGAAACAUGAUGUUCCUUUGGAAGGAAAAACAGUGUUGUUGGUCGGAGGUGAAGGACCUCUGGGGUUGGCCCUGCAGUGCCUAAUAGAGAGACGUGGAAUGGCAGCUCUUAAGAGUAACUGGAGCUCCGAAAGCCUACAAAGACAGGUGAUGCAGGCUGACGCUGUGGUCCUGUUGGGUGCAGGGAAUUUGGAUAUUCCACCCACCUGGUUUAGACCUAGAGCUGCUGUCAUUCGCUGUGAGCCCACCCUGGGAUCAGAUGAAUAUGCAAUGUCUGGAUUUGGGUACCUCACAGCAGCUUACAGAAUACAGAAUGUGGUGCAUAGUUGCAGUCGAUGGAUCCAGGAGCAGCAGUACCGACCCUGGCACCUACGCAGCCUCAAACUGCAGCCCCUGACACCUGUACCAAGUGAUAUCGAGAUUUCCAGAGCUCAGACACCCAAGCCAGUGAACCAGCUGGCUGAGGAGAUUGGUUUGCUGCCAGAGGAGCUUGAAGCCUAUGGCAGGAGCAAAGCUAAGGUCCGACUGUCCCUGUUAGACCGCCUUCACGCACAGCCUGAUGGGAAAUAUGUACUGGUUGCUGGUAUAACCCCCACCCCACUGGGCGAAGGCAAAAGUACAGUGACCAUUGGCCUGGUUCAGGCCCUGUCUGCCCAUCUGAAGCUCAAUUCCUUUGCCUGUCUCCGGCAGCCCUCCCAGGGACCCACCUUCGGGGUUAAAGGGGGAGCUGCAGGAGGGGGAUAUGCCCAGGUCAUUCCUAUGGAGGAGUUCAACCUCCACCUGACUGGUGACAUUCAUGCCAUCACAGCUGCCAAUAACCUGGUGGCAGCAGCCAUCGAUGCCAGGAUGCUCCACGAGGCGACGCAGUCAGACAAGGCUCUGUACAAUCGACUGGUCCCUUCAGUGAAUGGAGUCAGAAGAUUUUCACCCAUUCAGAUCUCGAAGGCUGCAGGUAAUUUUUCUCUUCAAUUCCAGCGUCUUGGCAUCAACAAAACAGACCCAGCAGCUCUCACACCACAGGAAGUCAGCACCUUCGUCCGUCUUGACCUUGACCCAUCCAAGAUCACCUGGCAGAGAGUUGUCGAUACAAACGACCGUUUCUUGAGGAAGAUCACAGUUGGACAGGCAAGCACGGAGAAAGGACAGAUCAGAGAGACUGGGUUCGACAUUGCAGUGGCCAGCGAGAUCAUGGCCAUCCUGGCUCUGGCAGAUAGCCUGGAGGACAUGAAAAACAGACUGGCGCGCAUAGUAGUGGGGACCAGCCGCUCCGGACAGCCUGUCACCACAGAGGACCUGGGUGUGAGUGGAGCACUGGCGGUGCUAAUGAAAGAUGCCAUCAAGCCCACGCUGAUGCAGACCCUUGAGGGCACCCCAGUGUUUGUCCAUGCUGGGCCCUUUGCCAACAUCGCCCAUGGCAACUCCUCGGUGCUGGCAGACAAACUGGCUUUGAAGUUGGUUGGACGGGAUGGUUUUGUGGUGACUGAAGCUGGUUUUGGAGCCGACAUUGGGAUGGAGAAAUUCUUUAAUAUCAAAUGUCGAGCGUCAGGUUUGAGGCCUAAUGUGGUGGUGCUGGUUGCAACUGUCCGAGCACUAAAGAUGCAUGGAGGGGGUCCAAAUGUCUCAGCAGGUGCUCCUCUUCCUAAAGAGUACAUUGAUGAGAAUCUGAGCCUGGUUGCAGGGGGUUGCCAUAGCAAUCUCAGGAAACAGAUCCAGAUCGCACAUCUGUUUGGGGUACCAGUUGUGGUGGCGCUCAAUGUCUUCACGACAGACACCAAGGCAGAGAUUGACCUUGUGUGUCAGAUUGCAAAAGAGUGUGGAGCAUCUGAUGCUGUGCCAUGUCACCACUGGGCGCAGGGUGGGCGAGGGUCUCUAGAGCUGGCCCAGGCUGUGAAUGAAGCUGCCAGCAGAUCCAGCAAGUUCCAGUUCCUUUACAACACAGAGACGCCGAUAGCAGAGAAGAUCAAAACAAUUGCUCAGAAAGUGUACGGAGCUGAUGACAUUGAGCUGUCUCCAGCGGCCAAAGCCAAGAUUGAUUACUACAAUCAACAGGGCUACGGCUCAUUGCCCAUCUGCAUGGCCAAGACCCACCUGUCACUGUCCCACAUGCCUGACAAGAAGGGUGCACCCACUGGAUUUGUUUUGCCAAUCAGAGAUGUUCGUGCUAGCGUCGGGGCUGGCUUCAUUUACCCACUCGUGGGAACGAUGAGUACCAUGCCUGGCCUGCCAACUCGACCCUGUUUCUACGACAUUGACCUUGACCCGGCCACAGAGGAGAUCACUGGGCUCUUCUGAGCAUGCUCCAGAUAAAGAAAUCCCUACAGGCUCUCUGCUCUGUUUUCAAGAUCUUCAGCUCCAUGUGUGCAUCAUAAGACACAUCCAUCCACUACAUGUUUGACAGGAAAUGUUUUCUUACUCUUCCCGGUAGCCCAGACUCACAGUAACAUGCUAUGAAAAACAAAACGGAUAGUACUAACUAGUACUAAUUUAUGCUGUAUUUGCACAUAUGCCAAAGGUUAUCUCCUACAGCCAUAUUGUGUAUCCCAUAUAGUACACAUGUAUUAGACCAUUCUGUGUCCUCAAACCAGUGCUGAUUUUUACUUAAAUAUUUUUAUGUUUUGUUAUUUGAGAAAAAAAAAGUUACUCAAAUGUGUUACGAUGGUGCUGCAAAUUUUAUUUACUUCUUAAGCAUUUUAACUUAAAUGGGCACAGUUUGUGUAUUUAUUACCUAAAUGCUGAUAUGCGCACAAAAAGCCAUUAUGGUAUUUAUCUAGUUACAACUACUCUCUAUUGUCUUAAGCUUCUGCUAAUUGUCCAAGCUGCUGCACUGCUUCAGUGAAAAUCACUACAAGUCACAAGUUAUACUCAUCAUUUUGAAAGUAUUACAUUUUAUGAGGUGAGAUAGGUUAUAUAUAUGUCCAGCCAGGACGUUGUUCAGAGGUGGUAAACCACUCAGAUCAUGACAUACACUGCCUCAUGAUCUACUAGAUAACAGCCUUAACAGUAGCUAUGCUCAUUAAAUAUAUGCCAUUUGUUAUAUAAAAUGGCACCUUAUCUGUUUUUCUCUGAAAGUUGAUGCUUUGUUUUAUGACAGUGUAUUCAUUUUUAUGAUGUUCUUUGGGGUUGCCUUCACUUCAAGUGAGGUUGGCUGGCUGGUUUGCAUCCAGACUGCUAAAUGUAAUGCUGCUCUUACAUUGCAAGCUGGCCACUGCAACAUCUAGUUCUGAUUGUCUGACACCAGUUUGAGUAACAUCCAGCAUCUGUGCAUCCGGACUCGUGCCCUCAUGGGGUGAUGAAAAAUGACAGAAAAUAACAACUGAAAUGUGGUUAAACUUUUAUUGUGCAAAGUGUAAGCCGAACAUUAGAUUUGAAAUGAAACAACCAGUGUUUGCUCUGAAAACAUAUUUAGUAUUCUUCUCAUUGACAACAAUCGUAUGUUCUCAGAGAUCAAACGUGCCUUUCAAAUAAACCUUUUAUUUACUCAGAAA